AUGAAUCAGCAAUUUGUAACAGCUUUUGAAGAUUUGUAUAAAGCACUUACUACUAGAGAAAACCUCUCGUCAAUCCACUGGGAUCUCCUUGAAACCUUUCUUUUGAGAACAAUCAGUGAGCAAGAGUUUGAAGAAGUGAAUGGUACUGCUGCAGACGACCUUGUAGAUAAAACUAUCAAUGCCCUAACCGUUACUACACUCUACGAUGACCGUGCAUUGAACCUCAUUGGAAAGCUAUGCUGUUUCUACGGAACCAACCCUCGUGCAUUCAUCAUUCUCUCAGAAUAUGCAACACAUAUCCCUGAACUUUCUGAUGUUUCCCUAACAAGCAUGCUUCUGACCCGUCUUGCCAAAGUCGAUGAAAACGCAUGGCGAAUGGCUAAACUCUGCGCCGCCCUUGUCACCCGUUUUUCCAACCACCGUCACGAAGCCGCAAAAAUCCUUCUCAAAAAUACAUUUUACAAGUUCGGUGACAUCAUUACCAAAAGCUACGAUCUCGUGCUCCAAUGCUAUUUCAUAGAGCUCAUCAACAAUUGUGUCCCAGCAAGAGUCUAUACCCGUGGGCCUCCCUUUGUUUCUGUUUUGUGGCCAGAAAGUCCUGAAGAACUUUGGACUUCUCUCCCCAGUACCCUCUCCGUUGACACAUCCUAUUUCGAGUACUUGAAAAAGGUCGACAAGUUUCUUAGUAAUCAACCUCGCACAAAUGUUUUCCCUAUUGCCAAAAUGGAAUUGCUUUCGCCUCUUAGCAAUGCCCCCAUAAUGGCUCAGGUCUCUAGUUCCAGUCUUCUUUUGAUGAAACCCAAAAGCCACACCAAUCUUGAAAUUGAAUUGUUAGAGUUUUCGUUUAAGCACCUUGUUCGUACUACCAAAAAAAGCACAAAAUCAAUGCAGUACAUCUUCUCAUCUACACAGUCUCAGGUUUUAUUUGCUUUGGACAAUAGAACUUGGAACUCAGCCUCUCUUACCUUGGAGUUUGAAGAUGAAAAAUCAGAAAAACAAUUCUUUGCUCAAGUCAUGGGUUUCAUAAAAGAAAAAGGUUGGAACACUCCGGAAAUAUCUGGCGUCAAUAUACUCAAAAUGUCUGUAGUGGAUACAAGUAUUAAUGUUUCUUCUCCCUCAACAACUCGAAACAAAAACGAGGAUACUUUCCCCUCUAGCUCAGAAAGUAGCAGCAUAUACUUCCAACAAUCACCUUUACCUGCUCGCAGGAAAAUGUCUCAGGGAGAUUCAAUCAUUUCCCUAAAUGAAAAGUCUUGUCCGGCCAUCCCGCGGGCUCCUACAACAAAGGUACAAGGUACCCAGCUGCCACCGCCAAUUCGAGCUGGGUCUAUUGUGAAGUUUCUCCCCAUGGCUGAUUCACAAAAAAUUAAUCCGAAAGAUCAGCCAGUUACAGAAAAUUUCAAGUCACAAGUCACUCAUAAAACACCAAAUUCUGUUGAUCAAAGCUCGUUUACUCCUGCCAAGAUACAAAAGGUUUUAAAUAAUGUGCCCAUUACCCCAAUUGUCUCUAAUGUUGUUACUGAAAAACAACAAAGUGUAAAAAAAAUGGCAGUCUCGGUCCCCACCUUGGGGGUCAAGGGGAAAGCUAAAGGGUAUAAAAGUGACGAGGACGAGUUUUGGGACCCUCCAACACAGUCUAAAAAGGACACUGCAAUUGCCAGCAAAAAUGUUUCACCAGUACCACCAGUUGUUGCCCAAACACCUAAAGAGUCUAUUCAAUUAAAAAAGAGUGCCAAAAAGGCGGUGAUCAAAGGUAAAGCAAAGGAAUCUCCCAAAGCAAGACAACCCAAGGGUAAAUCGGUACGGGGGAAAAAAGUAAAUGCGGAGAAGGCGAGCGAGAGAGCCGUGGAAAAGGAGAAGGAAAAUAAUAUAGGUGACGACAACGGAAACAAACAAAAUUUAGAGGAGGAGUCUAUUCAACAGUCUUUGGAGCAUGAAAAGCCUGACGAGAAGGAAAAGUCUGUCCAAAACCUCUUGGGAGGGCUAAUUAAACCUGAAGAAAUUGCAGGAGACGUAAACAAAACACAAAACAAAACCCUAAACCCUAAAGAAGCUCUAGAACCUCCUGGUGAUUCAAAGAAGGAGGAGGAUGAGAGAGAGAGAGAAGAAUAUGAAUCGGACCAACCAACACGGCGUGGUCUUCGAGCUGACCGGCGGGCGCGUCGAUUGAAGAAUGAAGAGGAAGAGAAAAAGCGUAAAAGAGAAGAGGUAUUGCAGGAAAAGAAGCGUAAAGAAGAGGAAUUGAAGAAGAAGCGAGAAGAGAGGUUGUUGAAGAGGCGUGAGGAGGAGGAGUUGAAGAAAAAGCGGGAAGAAGAAGAAGAUGAAUUGAAAAAAAAGAAAGAACUGAAAAAGCUUGAGCAAAAGGCUUUGGAAGAAAAACGCAAAGAAGAAGAAGAAGAAGCUUUGGAAAAAAAGCGUCAGCAGGAAGCUUUGGAAAAAGAAAAGAAACGAGAAGAGGCAUUGAAAAGGGAGGAACAAAAGCGCAAGCAAGAGGCAUUGGAGAAGAGUAAGAAGGAUGUUUUAAAAAAACAAAAGCAGGAAGUUCUUGAAAAGAAGCGCAAACAAAAGCAAGUCUUGGAAAAAGAAGAAAAGAAACGACUAAAGGUUGAAAAGCAAGGAGAAGACAGUGGUGACAUGGAUCAUGGAGAUCAUGUCGAAGAAUUGUCUAAUAAACCUAUUUCUGAAGUUGUUUCACCUCCUGUUGAUUUUCUGGCCCCAAUAAGCACCAAUUCAGUAGCGUCAGUUGUAUCCAAGGUACUUGAGAAUUUGGGUCAUCGCGAGUCUGACGGACCCUCAAUUGCUACUGUUGUGUCGGAGGUGUUGGCUACCUUGAAUAAACCUUGCAAGGAAACUCAAAAUGUGCAUGAGACAAGAGUAGAACAAGUCAAAGAGGAAGAGUCUAGCAAUGAGUUUACUGGAGUGUCGAGCAUUUUAAAAGAUCAUGGAACUUCUUUUGUUGCGAAAAGCAAUGAUUUCAAUGGCACGUUCGACACACCAGUCAAGGUAGCAGGAAAAGAUUCCACAAAACCCAUGCGAGGUCCAGUGGCAUUUUCCACCCCACGGAAUAUUGCGACAAGCGGUAAAGUUACCAAAACAGAAAAGGAUUCAAUAUCCUCUUCAUCUGGGGCAGGACUUAAUUCGCUCAAAAGUGAGAUGGCAGCCAAGGAAAAAAGCUUAAGCUUUGGUACUCCACUUAAAGUUGCAAGAAUACUUGCCACGGAGACAACAACAGCUCCUCUUAAAAGGACCACCAAGGAUUUAAAGGGCGGUUUCUCGUCGUCAUGCUUUGUUGGUGCAGCCCCAAGUAAUGGAAUUGGUGCUAAUAAUAGCACCACUUCUGGAUCUCCUACCUUAAACAACCCACGAGUAUUUACUACAACGUCGCCAUGGGAAAGUGCACCAGACACGUAUCAGGCUCAAAAGGAUAGGUUUUUGGAGACUGUGACUGGGCAGAGGGAAACAUUUCAUGAGCUUUUGGGGCACUUGACAAAGCAAGUAGUUCGAAAGAUGGAGUUUGUGGAGAUGAGGAUGCUGAAAGAUACGGAACAAUUUGAAGAAUGGUUUGAAAGGACUAAGGAUAAAAUGAAGACUAAGGAAGAUGGAUGGCUGGCCGAGAUGGCACGAUUGAAUGUAGUGGCUAGCCAGAGUGCGGAGCGAAGCCUUGCAUCAUUACAGGCCUGGGCGGUUUUACAGAAAUAA